UCAUUCCAGGCAGAUUAGCCAUCAAUAACAAUCGACGCCCUUGUCCCAUUUAUAUUUAUAUCACAUCCAGGAAACUGCUUAUCCACUCGACACGAGCACAAAUUUUCCUUUCUUUCCGUGCGAGUGUAUAUUUCCCAACCCUAACAGUUACCGUUUCGGGCGCACGAGUUUCGGUUGGCAUACGGUAUAGGGAAAAGCUUAUCGUUUGGAGAAUGAUGAAGCGCAGGGCACCGCCUGAAAUGCCCGAAUGAGGCAUCCAUCCUCUGGCUGGUGGUUACUCGGUUCGGAGUAACGCAACAGGAACAUCUGUUGAGCUGGGUUGGUGAAGCUGAUGAAGCGCCGUGUCGCAGUGGGUGGCGAAAAAAACGCGUACCAUAUUUUGUGGUGAAAACGAUAGCAACAGCAGGUUUCGAAGGAACUAGACGUGAACUCCGGUAUGAGGGUGCAAUACUGGAUCGGUGCGAUAGCGGCUAUUUUAUGCGCGGUGUGCGUUUAUUCGCCCGUCUUCCUGUACUUUCUGCUGUUCGUCGGUUACUCGCUGGUGCUGAUUACCAUCGCGGUGUUUGGUACCAUUUACGUCCACUACAAGCUGACGAACCGUGAAUCCGUGCCGUAUGUCGACCAAGGUCAAGACGAUGAAACAAACGUCCUUUACAAUGCCACCCGGUCGCCACUGUUUGGGAAAGGUUCGCCCUGCGCAUCGUCAACUUCCCGUGCGUUUGGCGCUCGCACGGGUACACCCGGUUCGGGCGGUGGAAGCGCUUCCGGUAGCGUGCCUGCCAAUUCCGGUCAACUGCCAAUCAUUUUCGGCCGCACGGUUGACGGACUGCUGCAGCAAAUCAUUGACAAUACGAUGCGCGAUCUAGUCGGACCGGCGCUCGAAACGGUGGUGGCGAACCCGCGCCGCAUCGUCGAGUUGCUGCGCGAGGACGUUUGGCUCGGCAUCGAGAAGCUGCACGAGCGUGCCGCCCGUAUCGACGCACCGAAGCUGAUAGCAUGCGACUUCGUCCAGAAGGUGACGCUGCACCUGCAGAAGAUACGCCGGACCACGGCCAAGCGCGAACCGUCGUCGCAGGACGCGUUCGCUAGCGAAGCGCACGAAUCCAUCCUGACCGCGUCCUACCUGGCAACGGCCGAGAAGGAGCUGGAUUUCCUGAAGAAGAUAAGCGAAAUAUUGAUCAUAUUUCUGCUGCCGCGUGGCUACUCGCUGUCACCGGUGAAAGAUUUGCUCAGCGAAGUGAUUGCUUACCGUGUGCUGCAUCCGGCGAUCCGCUACCUGACCGCACCGGACUUUAUCAACCAGCAGAUAGUGGAGUGUAUCGAGACGCGGCUGGUAGCGGUCGCAAUACAGAAGCGUAGCCACGAGUAUGCGGCCAACUUUGACGAUUUUCUUCGCAUCAUCGACAUGACGCAAACGGUCGAGGAGCUUCACUCGAUACGGGCCAGCAUUGUGAGCGAUAUACGGCAGGCGACAACGAUGCAAACGAUGCAACGGGCACGCGGUGGCUUCGCGCUGCCGGGCGACACAUCCGGUUCGGCCGGUGGACCCGGACCGGGCGAAAGCCACGGCGAUGGGGAACCAGCCGCCACGCUUCGGCUCAAGCGCUACAUUCAGCAGCUUUCGUUUGCGAAAAGCCAGUGCGAAAAGUGUCUAACCCGGCUCGGAUGGGAGGGAAGCGUUAGUAACGACGUGGAUCUGGCCCUUGCCGACAUACUGUCGACGGUGGGUGGGCGCCGGGCACUGACCGCCUAUCUCGAGCCGAUGAACGCAGCCAGCCUCGUCGGCUACUACACGACCGUGGAGGAAUUGCGCCGUGCGGCUCGUUCCGCGUGGCACCAGCUCGGGGCGGAGAUUUUUUACACCUACAUCCGUGCGCCGAGCUCGGAAAUUCCGCUGGACAAGGCAACGCGCAAGCGCAUGGAAGCGUUUCUGGUCGGCGAUGUCGGUGGGCCGGACGUUUUCUACGAGGUGCAGCGCGAAUGUUUGGCACUGCUGGAGCAGAAGUACUAUCAGCCGUUUCUGCUGAGCGAUGAGUACGUGCGGCUGAAAGGUUCGCUGACGCAGGACGAGUUUAAGGAGAUCGUUACAUCGUGCGUUGCGAACGGAUCGGGCAGUGCGGCGGAGCAGCUGCUGGGUGGAGGUGAGCCGGCAGGCGGGAGUGGUUCGGCACUGCACCACGGCAACCAUGACAGUCAGGAGAGUCAGGAAAGUGGGGGUAGCAGCUCAGUGAACGGUAGCGACGGCAGCACGGACCCGGCGCUGGCCGACCUUAGCAACCAUUCGCAGUACGCACGGAACAAGCUGGACCGGUUGGAUGAGAAGCUGGCGAACAAGCAGCAAGCACUGGAAGCGUUAAAGCAAUCGCUCAAGCCGGACUCGAAGCUGCUGCUGAUGCUGGAGCGCGAGAUCGAGUGGUUGCGCAGCGAGCGACGCCAGCUCGAGUCACACCUGCUGCGUACCGCCGUUUGGGGCGAAUAUCUGGGCAGCUGGCGUGCGAUCGUGGAAAGUGUGGACUUCUCGGACGACCGGGAACCGCCCCAGUUUAUGAUCGUGGUACAGGUGGAUGAGAUGAACGAUUACGGGAGCGGCGGGCGGGACGAUACGGUCGUGAUGACGGCGCUCGAGGCCACCGACACCAUCUCGACCGGCUGGGUGGUGGUGCGCUCGCUGGCCCAGUUUCACACGCUCCACCGUAAGUUGCGCCCGAUGUGUGCGGAACUGCGCCAGCUCGAUCUACCCUCGAACAACGCGUUCAAGCUGUUCCUGCUCAAGAACGAUCGGGCGCUGCUCGAGAAGGCGAAGGCACAGAUCCAACGGUACCUUAGCUUCAUCCUCGAGGACGACCAUCUCAACCAGAGUGAAGCGGUGUACGAGUUUUUGAGCCCCAGCUCGGAUCGGCUGAAGCAGGGCGUGGUAGCGAACAGCACUCCGUCACCGUCGAAGAAACCGUCGUCAAAGUUCUCGCUCGCGACGAUAUUCCGCACCAACAGCGACAAGCUCGAGCAGCUGUGGCACGUGGGCGGUACGGACCGGUCACCGUUUGCCGGUGAGCACGACGCGUUUACGCCGGAAGAUGCGGACCAGGUGUCACUGUACCUGGAGGGUGGACCACCGGCCGGCGGCGUAUCGUCCGCGUCCUUCGGCUCGCCCUCGCUGGACGGCACGGGUUCCUCGGUGGUGGAGGCACGCGAUUCGAUAGCCGAACCGCUGUACGCGCUGCUGGGCGAAAUAUUCGAUCUCGGUGGCGUGUUCCGGUGGCUGCGCAAGAGCCUGAUAUCGUUCGUGCAGAUCACGUACGGACAGACGAUCAAUCGCCAGCUGCGCGAAUCGAUCACUGCCCUGUUCGAUGAGCCGAUGCUGCAUGCGUACGCCAGUGCGGUGCUGCGCAGUCUGUGGCCGGGCGGUGCAUCGCUCCAGCCAGCCAAUGGUGGUGCGGGAUGCGGGAUGCGACUGCUCCCGACGGCCGGCGAGCGCACCGAGGACGAGCGGGAGAUGAUCAUGAACGCGGCCCGCUCACUGCUGCAGGACAACAUACCGGAGCUGCUGUGUAGCUUAAUCGGUGCGCAAAACGCACGGCAGGGCGCCCUGAAGCUGUUCGAAGUGUUGCAGAAUCCGCUCUACAACAAGCAGCUGUUUUACGAUCUGCUCGAAACACUUAUGCUGGAACUGUUUCCCGAAAUACGGCAGCUGAAACCGACCGCUGCCGGUGGGAGUAACAGCAAUACGACGGUUAGCAGUACCGCUGCCACCAGCACAACCAGCGGACAACCGCGAGAGUAUUACCAUCAACCAUCGCCGGGUGCUUCGGUGUCCUCACCGACCUCUGCAUCGCCCACGCCGAUCGGUACGGCUGGUUCCGCUUCAGGUACCCCUAUUAGAAGCAUAUCAUAGGCGGCGACAUUAAACCAGUGCUGGAACCAUUUACGCUGCACGCUUGCUUUCCCUUUUUCCUUCCCGCCCCAGCAGGCUAAGGGUGAAUAUGGUUUCUUUUUUUUUGCGGCCAAGCCGGUAUUUUUUAUUUGUUCCUUUAGUUGAAAUUUACAUCAUUUUCAAACGUGUUAUAGAUUUUACUUAAAAAUGAUUUGUGAUUGAAACAAAAAACUGUAUGGCUAUGAAAUUGAAUAGGUACUUAAAAAAUUAGUAUUACUUAGGUUGUGUUGCACAAACAGAUAUGUUGCGUUUGGGGUACGAUCGAUAUUUGGUUAAAUUGCAGCAAAUUAUUAACCAUUCAGCAUCACUAGCCCACGCGGAGUGGAGGAGUGCUAACAACAGUAAUGGUGCACCCGGCAAAGACAUGAACUUACAUUAGCAAGGGGUUCAGGGUAGCUUGUAAGGACCGUUCAGUUAAGGACGUUUAAUUUAAUUUAGUACAAAUGGAAGACUAACUAUCAUUCCAAACGAGACGUGUAUACCAACGUAGCAUUUUCGUGUCGGUAAUUGCUGAAACGAAAGGAAUUCUUUCCACCGUAGAAACACACCCACACCCCUCCGGUUUAUUACCGUACUGUAUUAUUUACAUGAACUAUUCUUACACCGCUUAAUAUAUUUGCUAACGAGAAAAGCAAAAGAAAACCCCAAAGGUUACGGGGCUUUUUUCCUCGUUCUACAGAAUAAGAGGAAAUCAGUGAGCAUUUGUAAAAGUGCAAACGUGCGUUUUUUCCCGUAUGCGACUGCAUUUCCCACUCUCUAUCCCACCCCUCCCAGGAUAUGAAUGCGGUUAUAAAACAGGAACAGGCAGAUGAAAUGUGUGUGUGUGUGUUUUUCUUUCUAGUCUCGCGAUUCCGAAGUAGGACGAAGGGACGUUACAACAGAUCAAGAAUGUGCGGGCAAGCGUUUAGGAAGGAAACGGACAACACUCACACGCAUCAUAAGAAGAACAAAAAAAAUUAUACCAAAGGAAGAAAAAAAAAACAUUAUUGUAUAAGAAAGCAAGUAUUUUAGUAAUUAGGCCCUUCCCCAACAUGCUUUUAAAUGUGCUGUGAGUGAAUCAAACUGCAACCGCGUGUGUGUGUGUGUGUUUGAGUGUGCGAGUUCAAUAAGCUGAUAGAAGGAAGGAAAUUAAAGAUAAUAAUAAAGAUCGUAAUCAAAUCAA